UACUAACUGAAGUUCCACGCUUGACACUUCCUAGUUCCCACCUGCGAACUAACAAAGCGGAAGCGACGAAGACACGAACGCCCCCCAGAGUCUGCCCGACCAUCCGUAGACUGUCCAGCUGCCCAGCCGAUCUGCGCCGCCUUCCAGGGUCCUGCGUUGGCCGUCGGCAUCCCUGCGAGGUUGCGACCUGCGUUGGCGCUUUGCUGCCUCCUGGCCUGCACAGCGAGCACUCCUGUGUAGCCUCCAGCCUCUACUUCUCUUUGACUGACCGGCUCUCCCAAUCCAGCCUGCCUCCAGCCCUCCAGGAGUGCAGCUGUCCAGGGCUUUAGUCCAGCAAUUAGAGACCUGGACAGCAGCACCGCGCCACCGCCAGGCAGUGCAGGAUCCGGACACAGCAAAACGGUAGAGCAGCUUCAAUUGUAGGAUGUGCUUUUGGGCAUUUGCCACUUUGACUUUUAGUUACUUUUAAUACUCAGUCUCAACAAAUAGUAAGUUGGCCUGAUUCAGUAUUUUACCCAAGGAUUCUGCCGAUACUCGACAUUCGCCUAUCCUCAUCCUCUAUCCGACUAUCGUGGCUGAUCUCCUUGUCGCCACCCAUAUGUAAUUGCCGAAAGACUGAAAUCCAUUUUUCUCCGAUAAGGGAUUUGAGAAUACUCCCUAUUGUGACAGCCAUAUGUCUCAUUAGAUUGGGAAUUCUAGAGUUCUAUUGCACAACUUUCAGUUGACUGAAUAUGGGAGGUUGUCGGGUCUGCAAGAAUUGUGGAGCUAGAGGGGAGUCCAUUGUUACAGAUUAUGAAACUGGCGAUAUAGUUUGCACAUCAUGUGAUGUUGUUCAAGACUUUGAGCAAUUUCAGGCCCAUAUUGGAGGCAUUAAUGGGCCUGUUGGAACCUAUGUUCGUGUUGGUACAUCAGGUAUUGGAAACAAUUACAGUUACAGAGAGACCAAAAUUUAUGAAGCAAAAAAGGUGAUUGAUGAUUUGAUGUACAAGUUUGGGUUAUCAGAAACCAAAACUAAUGAGGUUAACCUUAUGGUUAGGAAAAUCACCGAGGAGGAAUACGGCAACGGGAGAUGGUUUUCCGUGUUGGUCGGCGCGUGCUCUUAUGUUGUCAUGAGGAAGGAUUCCAAGGUCUUGACAAUGGAGGAAGUCGGAAAAUCAGUCGAGUGUGACAUUUUCGAGAUGGGUAGGAUGGUUAAACGCGUUGUUGACUUUCUAGACCUUGAACUGCCCGAGUUCAACCUCGUCAAUUGCUUUGAACUUGCGCUUACUAAUUCUCCUAGCUUCAGCGAGGUUUCUGAGGAUACGAUCUCAAGGAUGUUGAAGCAAGGGACAUUUUUGGUACAAUGUUUGAUCAAUUGGUCCGUGACAACUGGGCGACGACCAAUGCCAAUUGUUGCGGCUGUGUUGGUGUUCGUCUCAGAGCUAAACCAAACCCCGAUAAAAAUUGAUGAUGUGGCGAACGAGUUAGACGUGGUGCUCCAUACUUGCAAGUUACGGUAUAAAGAACUUCUGGAGAGGCUUGUUAAGGUUGCUAAAACGGGCUUGCCCUGGGGGAAGGAUGUGAAUAUGAAAAAUAUAAUGACAAAUGCUCCAUCUGUGAUUCAAUACCUCGAGUUGAAGUCAAUGUCAAACCACAAUAAGGACGGAAAUCAUUCCAAAUGCGGAGAUGUUUAUGAUUUUAAUAACUUGCUUAAUGAUUGCUUAAGUGAAGAAAAAUUCUAUGGUUAUGACGAUAAUGUCCCUGAAAAAGAUUCCCAGUAUUUUCGAGCUGGAAAUGUUGAGAUUCAAGAAACAUCCCUCCUUUCUUCUGAUUCAUUGUCUAUAAUUCAUUCGGAACUAAAGAAUGCGGCGUCUGUAGCUAUGGUGGGCCAACAUGCAAGUGUGGGGAAAAGGGCGAGAGAAUAUGACAUUCUUACUUUAAGGGACUGGUGGAAGGGGGACUCUGAACUUAGCAGAAAGCUCCUUUUUGAGGAAAUAUUGGAAAAGAACUUAGGAUUAGAUGCCACACCGCCUUCAUUUGAUAAGGGCUGUUUGGUGUAUGAAAGGAGAAAAGAGAAGAUAAAAGAUGCUAAGUUAAGGAUUCGUAGGACUAUGUAUGGUCCUUCAACGGUAGAUGAUCAAAAUGAUGUUUCUGAUAUAGUGAUUGGUAAAAAAUGGAAGAAGAGAAAGAGGGAAAUGGGAUCUGAUUUAGAUUGGGAAGAUUUCAUCAUUGAAACUCUUCUCCUUCAUAAGGUUAGAGAAGAAGAGAUUGAGACAGGGCAUUACAAAGCUUUGCUGGGAUUGCAUGUAUUCAAUGGCGCAAGCUGACGAUUUUAACUCAUCAUGUAAGUCUCAGUGUAUGUACAGAUGUAUAUUUAUUAAACAAUAUGAAGUUUGAAUCACGUAUGUAGAUAAAAGCACAACUUUUAAAAAAGGCUCCAGUUUGAUUGAACUAACAAUAACGUAUCAUUUUAAUUUCCAAAAGGUUUAGUUAUAUAUGAUAAAUAUAGUCAAUCCA